GGUUCCGGAGCAGAGUGGGGCCAACAGGUGGAGUCUGCGUGCUGAGGCUCAGGCCGCCUUUUCCUACCAUGUCCUCCACAAGGCCACAUUCUAGAUGCUGGUGAGGGCAAAGAGAAUGGGCAAAGACAGGGACAGACAUGGGAGCACAUGGGCAGACAGGAAAUGGAAAGCACUGAUGGCUAGCAGGGAGGCAGCGUGAGAGAAAGAAUGACAGACAGCAGGCUAUGGGGUGGGAGGAAGACAGAGACAAAGAGACCUAGGGAAAAAAGAGACAAAAGAAAAUCCAAAGACACAGAGGAAGAGCCCAGGAGCACAGGCCGAGGGAGGGCAGAGACCUGGGAGGUCACCUUUCCCAUGCUCAGGGGGCAGCAGGGCCAGCAGGCCUUGGUAUCCCCGCGGCUGUGGCCACCGUAAUGAGAAAGUCGCAGAAGCCUCCGAGGGUGCCGGGGGACACUCUUCCCAAGCCUCACACUGACGGGAAGGCCACCAAAGGAGGGAACAAUUAUUGCCUGGAGUAAGAUGGGGCUCGCCUGUGAGAAAUCCGAUCUGCUGCAGUGGUGGGUGGCUUGAGGCAGCCUGAGGACCUGGGACCUCUACUUUGUGACAGACACCCUGGGACCCAGAGAGGGGCGGGAGCUGCCCUCCCAGCUUGGAAUCGCUGCCUCUGCUCGCCCUCCCUGCCUGGCUCUGGCCCUCUCCCUGCCACUCCAUGCCUGUGGAUGGGGUGCCCGGGGCGCCAGGCCCUGCACCAGGUCAGGAGAUAUUAAGACAGGGAGGGGCAGGUAAAGUCUGGGGAGCCCAGGUCGGGAGGGAGACGCCAGGGUCGAGUGACAAGCCACCAGGAGGCCUGAGCAAAGUCCAUGGGCACCUGGGGGCAGAGAUGCCAUCUGUGGUCUGGAGAAGCAGGGAGCCUUCCAGAGGAGCUAGCCUUGCGUACAGUUGUGAAGCAGCUGACCAGCUGCGCUCUGGAGCCCCGCCCCAGCAGUCAGGGGGCCUGAAGGACACAGGUCCCUCCCUCACCUGGGCUCCUGCAGCCCCGCCCACGGGCUCAUCUGGCUCCUCCCUGCAGCUCACAAGGCUCGGGCUCACCUGCUCUUACCAAAUUCCCUUGGGGCAGCGGCACCUGGUGCCCCAGGACGCAUCCUCCGGGCCAUCGUCAACAGGAGCGAUGGGCAGCUGCCAUCUCAGCAAUAGCCCCAAGGACGCUUCCUCGGCGGCCUGCAGGGGGGCCGCGAGCAUGUGCCAGCCGGAGCCUAAGACCCUAACGCGUUUACUCCACUUCAUCCUCACAACAACCCCGGGGGCGCUGACGGGUUCCCCACUUGAAGUAAGGGGAGCUGGGAAGAAUUUCUCCACACAAAGGACCCAGAAGAGGCAACUGCAUGGAACGGGCCACCCGGAGCGUUCCUUGGAGAAGCCCCUGCCAGCGGAGAGCCCCGAUGACACUUGGAUGGUAUAUUUAAGACAAAAGAUGGUGAAUAAUUUUGAGAAGACAAUAAUCUAGACCAUGCAAAGUUGUUGACUGGAGACCUUGCUGAGGGCUGACGGAGAUGGGGGUGUCUACAGUCCCCCCCAAGGCCUUCCUGGGCAGUAGGGGGCCUGGGGAGGCCAAUGAGCCCCUGAGCCUGGGAAGGGGGUUGGGAUCAAAGGAAGGAGACCCUCUCCUGGGAGGCCUGCAGGGAGGCCAAGAAACCUGAAGGACAGAUUUUUUCCCAAGCCCGCUUCUCAGCAUCUCACGCCACCCCUCUGGCUGCUCCCUGCAGGGGGGACCCUCCACGUUGUCAGGGAAGGGGACACACUGCAGGAGGUUGGGGUGGUUCCUCUAGGACAUCUGUGCCCAGCCCCGCACCCAAAGAAGGACAGGGCUGGCCAGAGCCCCUGACACAGCGACACCCCACCCCAGGCGGGUCUCCUCCUGGAACGGUCCUGGCUGUGAAAGUCAGGAAGUGGCCCGGAGUCCCCUGGGCCUCCUUGCCCCUCCAGCUAAACCAUCCUUCCCUGCCUGCAUGCCAGGCAGCCAGAGGCACAUGACAAAUGGAGAGAAUGCAGUGACAUCAGAAUCUUCGAAAGGCUGUGUGGACAUAGCACAGGCCUGGUCCUGGAGGGGCACACGAGCCCAGCCCUCACGGACCUUGGGGAGGAUGGGGGUUUGGGACCCUGGAGACACAGCACCCAUUACAGACCAGUGACCUGAGAUUUGGGCUGGGAGGAACAGGAGAGAGACUCCGGCGGUGGGUGCUGUCCAGGGAGCCUACCCCAACCAGGGGAUGAUGGAGCAAAGUGGAAGGGCACAGGGGCUGACCCACUCA